UGGAAAACUGGGAGGUUUCUCCUGACCGCCAGUGGGACAGAACAGAAACAGGCUGAAAGCUUUGGCUCCCCUCCUCAGGCAUCCCUCUGCCUCCCCCCUGCCUCCUGCUCCCUCCAGGCACUCCCAGCACCCAAAAUAGCCGAGGGGCUGCGUGUCCCUGGCGCCGGGCUCCGAGUGCCUCAAGCGGGCUGGGGGGAGGCGCCGAGGGAGCGGCGGAAGCUCCGCGGAGGCUGCUCUCGGCACAUCCUCCGUGCCCCGGGGAAAGUCCGGCACCCUCGGGUCCCGGGCCGGGCUCAGCAGGAGCGGAGAGAGGAGCCGCAGCCUGUGCCGGAGGGUACCGUGCUGCUGCGGGCACCGGUGCCACCGAGCCCUGGGACAGCCUUCCACCGAGCCCUGGGACAGCCUUCCACCGGUGCCACCGAGCCCUGGGACAGCCUUCCACCGAGCCCUGGGACAGCCUUCCACCGGUGCCACCGAGCCCUGGGACAGCCUUCCACCAAGCCCUGGGACAGCCUUCCACCGGUGCCACCGAGCCCUGGGACAGCCUUCCACCGAGCCCUGGGACAGCCUUCCACGGAGCAGUGCCACCACUCUCCACCGAGCACUGCCACCACUCUCCACCGAGCACUGCCACCACUCUCCACCGAGCAGUGCCACCACUCUCCACCGAGCAGUGCCACCAGCGGCCGGCCUGGGCAGGGUUGUGGCAGCCCGAUGGCUGCGGAUGCUGUCUCCGCAUGGCCCGGCAAUGGCAGUCGGGCUCUUUGCCCCGUGGAUUCCGCCUUCGCCCAGCGCUUCCUGCCCGCCGUGUACCUGACCGUGAUCCCCCUGGGGCUGCUGGGGAACGGGCUGGGGCUGUGGCACCUCUGCACAGGGCCCCGCGAGGGUGCCCGCCAGCCCCUCAGCCUGCUGGUGGGCAACCUGGGGCUGGCUGACCUGCUCUACGUCAGCACGCUGCCCUUCCUCGUCAGCUACUACCUGCGAGGCAGAGUGUGGCUCUUCGGGCAGGCCUGGUGCCGCCUCACCCGCAGCCUCUUCCACCUCAACCUGUACGCCAGCAUCGGCUUCCUCACCUGCAUCAGCAUCCACCGCUACCUGGGCAUCGUGCACCCGCUGAAGGCACGGGGCAGGUGCCAGGGGGCAGCCUCGUCGGCGUGGCUCAGCGUGAUGGUCUGGGUGUGGGUCCUGGCACAGAUAGCCCCCGAUCUUGCCUUCAGCAAGACGGAUGACACGGGGACCAAGUGCCACGACACCACAGGACACGAGCACCUGGGCGUUUACCUGCCCUACACCUUUGUUGUCACCGUGACUGGGUUUGUCGUCCCGUUCCUCAUCAUCAUCGGGUGCUACUGCCACGUGGUGUUCGUGCUCUGCAGGAAUGACAGCGUGGACCCCAGCCUCAGGAGGAGAAGCAUCGGACUGGUGAUUCUCGUGAUGGUUCUCUUUUCCAUCUGCUUCCUCCCCUACCACAUCUUCAGAAACCUCAACUUGUUUUUUCGCUGGCAACCGCAAGGGUCCUGCACACAGGCUUCAAAGGAUGUCUACGUUUCCUACCAGGUGACUCGGGGUCUGGCCAGCCUCAACAGUGCCCUCAACCCCCUGCUCUAUGUGGUUACCAGCAAAGACUGGAGGUCACGAGUGAGGACCAUCCGCCAAAGCGCCAGACAAUGUCUGAGGCCACCCUUCCGGCGCACAGCCUCAUGCCAGGCAGCUGAGAAGAAGAGGAACAUCAUUCUUUGUAAGGGGGAGGCUUCUAAUGAGCUCUGAGGGACCUGACACCCCCACUUCUGCCACGUCAGCUUGUGCUUGGCCCCUCCCUGGGGGCAGCCCCCCACCUUGACAGAGCUUUGCAGAGAUGGUGACAGCAGCAUCACGGGCUCCGUGCACGCAAGGGAUAGACAGGACUGUCAGCAUCACAGAGAAAACUGGGACCAGAUUUCAAAAUCAAAGCCACUCGACCCAACCAUUUUGCACGCCUGGAUAUGGAAAGAGAUGAUCACGUUUCCUCCAGGCCAUCAUGAGCAGUCUGAGCUGGUGAACACCCCUUGCUUCCCAGCUCCUCUGACUGAGGGAUGGGAGGGAGUGACACCUUGUCCCUCCACUGCAUCCUCUCUACUCUACUGUACAAAGAGGAUUCCCUCUUUCACCUAAGGAGAGGUCCUGCAUUGCAGAACAGCUGAGAGGGUGAAUUUUUGCAGGGGGAGGAAGAGCUUUGGAAUGGAAAUAUUCAUUAAAAAAUCAGGUUUUAAGUACAUUACUUAGCUCUGCCAGUUCCUGGGUGACUGAGCUGUUCCAGGAUCUGUGGGAUCCUCUGCUGCCCACCUACUUUGCAGAAGAAAAAGACAUUACUGGCAUUACUCCCUCUCUUUUGGAAGAGCACAUAGCAGAACUUACAAAUAGGCAUUUUAAAGUUUUUGGAGGCUGUUGGUUGGGGUUUUAUUUUGGAAGGUGAAUGACUGCAGUAGCCUGAACUGCUUUCAGCAGGAAAAUGCCAGGAGAGUUUGCAAAUCUUCAGGUGGGUGUUUGCAUCUUGCAUCCAGCCUUGAAAGGGCAUUAGAUAUGACUUGUAAAAAUUAGAUGUGCAAAUAAAAGGAGAAGCAGCACUAGUGUGAAGGCUUGUGAAGGCAAGAUGUGAUGGCGAGGGCAGCUGUCUGUCAUCACCAGGGGUGGCAGAUCUCUUGCUUUGAGGUGAGCAGAGGCUCCCAGGCAGUAUUUUGGUUUUUGAUCUUGGUCUUACCCACUACAAACAGCUCGAACAUUUCAAUUCAAUACUGUGAUUUGCAGUGACAGCAGCUUUUGGAGCCCAGCUGAAGGAAGUGGACUGUGAGUUAAAAUCAGCCCUUUCUGGGAAAGCACUGGCCCACGGACGGAUGUUGUGCUCUUUUCCUGACAUUUAUGUCUGUCAGCUGUUCCUCACACGGACCCACCUUAGCUGGGCAGUGCAGGGAGCGCAGCUGGCUUGCAGCGCAGGCAAUAUGUCUACAGUGCAAUAAACAGCUCAUGCUUUCA